AUGCAUCGCAACAAAGCUGUUGUCUUCUGCUCUGGAUCACAUGAAGAAAAUUCUUCUUCACUAAAUCCAACUCAGAAGCUCUCCCUGAUAAAAAAUAAGAUGGUUUCAUUGCAUCAGCCUUCUACACCAGAAAUCUCUUGUGUCAUCGGCUCAAGCUGUUCAUGGGUGACGUCCACAGACAGUUUUGGAAAACCAGACUGGGUGUUAUCUUCCAUUGGUGUCCUGGCAUCCCAGGAGAGGCAGCAGAUGCUCCUGGAAAACAGCUCCUCCAAGGGAGAUGUUGAAGGGUACAUAUUCCUCCUGAACACCAGUAGACUCCCAGAUAGAUGUGAGUUCAGCCUGCAAAGCCCCAUCCUGCCUGGGAGCUUGGAUUCUUGCGUGCUGGAGCUGGCCAUAUGUUCACAGGACGCUGUUCCUCUUCUCCAGAGAUUCACAGUUGAAAUCAGAUAUGCUGAGACAAACAAAAAUACAGUAACUUCUCUGAGAGCUGGCCAUGAGGAGAAUGCCAGGAUGAAAUGGAAACACCUGGUGGCCCAGAUUGGACGAAUAGAAAGACCUUUCAAAAUCACCCUGGUGUAUUCAAACUGUGGAGCACAGGAGGUUGGAGUACUGGCAGUGGGCUCCUUGCAACUCAGGAACUGCUUUCAUGAUAAAGAAAAUCAAGACCUUUUUGUAUAUGACAAAGGCUCAACCUUCCCCUGCUUUCAUGGAGGGUGUGUCAGCCACCUAAAAAUCUGUGAGUUCAGCAGUGAUUGCCCUACCAAAGAAGAGGAAGGAGUGAGGUGUGACAGUCUCCCAGAGGGUUCACACUGCUCUUUUGAAGAAGGUCUGUGUGGCUGGACACUGAACGGAACUGCAGCAUCUCCUUGGUCUAUUCGGGGCUUUUCUGAAAUGAUUCAAGAGGACUCAUUUGUAGGGUCUACUUUGCAAGCCACUGGUGGACACUUCCUCUAUGUGCGAGCAGACAGCACUCAGACAAGUGGAAUGGCUAAGGCUUACAGUACCAGCUUGCCAGCCAGUCUUGCCACUGAAGACUACCAGAUUCAAUUUUCGGUGCAUGUUUUCGGUAGCUACAAUGGUACAGUCUCCUUCUUUCUCAGGGAAGAGAUAAAUGGAGCUCCAAUCACCUUGCCAAUGUGGGAAAGGGCAGGGAGCUGGAGUGACCACUGGUUUCUCAUCACCUUACCAAUGCCAGUGCUUCAGAACCGGUUUCAACUGGAACUCCUGGCAACCUGGGGCUGGAAUUCCCAAGCUGACAUUGCUAUCGACAACAUUACAUUUGGCCUGGACUGCUUCACUGAUGGAAGACAACUGAAUCAUUUUGGUGGGAAACGCCACUACCCACGUGAAAUUAAUAUCCUGGAUGAACAUCUUCUGAACCCCCUGGAAGAGCCCUCCCUCCCAGGGGACACAACUGUUGUUCUGUGGUGGUUCUCAACAUGUGGUGCCAGUGGUCCCCAUGGGCCAACCCAAGCUCAGUGUGACAGUGCCUACAAGAACAGCAAUGUGUCAGUGACUGUGGAGAAGGAGGGCAGGCUCCGGGGAGUGCAAGUCUGGAGAGUGCCAGCCACAAACAGAUACAGGAUUUCUGCCUAUGGAGCAGCCGGGGGGAAGGGAGCCAAAAACCACAAUAAGAGGUCCCAUGGGGUCUUCAUCUCAGCCACCUUCCACCUGGAGAAAGAUGAGCUGCUGUACAUCUUAGUGGGGCAGCAGGGGGAGGAUGCCUGCCCUGGGGGCAAUCCAGAAACCCAGAAGAUCUGCUUAGGGGAGUCAUCUCUCAUUGAAGAAGAUUACAAAAAAAAAAGGGACCUGAAGGAAUGGGCUGGAGGAGGUGGGGGUGGAGGAGGAGCAACCUACAUCUUCAGACAGAAGGAUGGAAUUUUCGAACCUUUGCUCAUCGCAGCAGGAGGAGGAGGAAAAGCCUACCUGAAGGCUCAGGACAAUUCCCUGGAUGAUGUACCCCUGGAGCAAUUUGAGAACAACACUGCAGUACCUGGAGUCAGUGGGAGGACUGGGGCAGCAGGUGGAGGUGGUGGCUGGCAAGAUGAGAGUCUGCUUCCUCAGUCUGGGAAGUCCCUUCUGGAAGGUGGAGAAGGAGGUCAAGCUUGUCCCCAAGCUCUAGCCAAGCUCCAGUGGACCACCUCUGGUGGUUUUGGUGGAGGAGGAGGAGCUUGUACUUCUGGGGGAGGAGGCGGAGGGUACAGAGGGGGACAUGCCUCUGAUAGUGAUGAUAUCACAGCUGGUGGUCAGGAUGGCAUCUCUUUUGUAAACCCCAUAGGAGAGAUCUUCUUGCAUCCCCUGGCAGCCAUGGAGAGUCAUGGUGAGGUGGAGGUUCAGAUCUAUCUUAACUGCAGCCACUGCCACUCAGACAACUGCAAGCGGGACCCUGACACCAACCUGCCAGUGUGCCAGUGUGAGAUGGGGGCUGUGCUGGCCAAUGACAAUGUCACCUGCACUGUGCCCCCGGGUCCUAUACCAGAGGGACAGCUGCCUCUCCCCCUCCUCUUAGCUGUGGUGUCUGUGAUUGUGGUGCUUGGAAUGAUCCUCACCUGUGGCAGCCUGUCCAUCAUUUAUCACCUGAAGAAGCAGCAGCUGGAAGGAUCCAGAGCACGACUGCAGAGCCCAGAAUAUAAACUGAGCAAAAUCCGCACAUCUGUCAUCAUGACCGAUUACAACCCCAACUACUGCUUUGCAGGGAAGGCUGCCACUCUGAGUGAGCUGAAGGAGAUCCCACGGAAGAACAUCUCUCUGCUUCGGGCACUAGGACAUGGUGCAUUUGGUGAGGUUUAUGAGGGAACUGUGGUAGGCAUUGCAGGGGACCCCAACCCUCUACAAGUGGCUAUCAAGACCCUGCCAGAAGUCUGCUCUGAGCAGGAUGAGAUGGAUUUCCUGAUGGAAGCAUUGAUUAUCAGUAAGUUCAAUCACCAAAAUAUCGUGCAGUGCAUCGGUGUCAGCCUACAGACACUGCCUCGCUUCAUUCUGCUGGAGCUCAUGGCUGGAGGAGACAUGAAGAGCUUCCUUCGGCAGAACCGACCCAGGAUGAAUCAACCAUCCACACUAACAAUGCAGGACCUGCUGAAUAUAGCUAGGGAUAUUGCCUGCGGCUGUAAAUAUCUGGAAGAGAAUCAUUUCAUCCACAGAGAUAUAGCUGCAAGGAAUUGCCUUUUGACCUGUACUGGAGCAGGACGAAUAGCCAAAAUUGGUGACUUUGGAAUGGCCAGGGAUAUUUACAGAGCAAGUUACUACCGCAAGGGUGGAAGAGCCAUGCUUCCUGUCAAGUGGAUGCCACCAGAAGCUUUUCUAGAGGGCAUUUUCACCUCCAAGACUGAUACCUGGUCCUUUGGAGUGCUGCUUUGGGAGAUUUUCUCUCUAGGCUACAUGCCCUACCCUUGCAAAACCAAUCAGGAAGUGCUGGAAUUUGUCACCAGUGGCGGAAGAAUGGAUCCACCAAAAAACUGUCCGGGGCCAGUGUACCGGAUCAUGACACAAUGCUGGCAGCACAGUCCAGAGUAUCGGCCAAAUUUCUCUACCAUCCUGGAAAGGAUCAAGUAUUGCACCCAGGACCCUGAUGUGAUCAACACUGAGCUGCCCAUGGAGUGUAGCCCUGCACCAGAGGAUGAAGGGAGUAUGGUCAUGCGCCCAAACAUUUCCAGUGGGGUAGUGCCACUGCUGGUAAGCCCUUCUCUCACCCCUCAGACAACACCUAAGACACUAGAAUCCCACCACGCUGAGCACAAGCUUGUACAAUGUCCACAAGAGCUACUGGUGGAGAACCUGAGCAACCGGACUGCCCGAGGGCCCAGCCUGCCAUGCCUCAGUGAUUUCAACAGUGGGUUAUGGUUCCAGCAGACCUCAAACCAGAAGCUGGAGCUCAGCAACCCAUCCGCCCACAGACUUAAAAACAAAACAAAAAAUCUUUGGAACCCAACAUAUGGAUCAUGGGUGCUAGAGAAUAUCGGUCACUUCAGCCCCAGCUCCAAGCUCAAAGCAAAUCCAGAGCGGGAAGAUUCAGGCUUUGAUGGGAAUUGCAGUUCUCCUAGCUCUCGGGCAUCUCCAGCAUCUCCAAGUCAAAGUAACUGCCCUCAGCUGGAUAUCAGUGGGAUUGAACUGGUGAAACUCCAGACAUUCCCCUGUGGCAAUGUAAAUUAUGCUUAUGAUGACCUGUGCUAUAGUGCUGAGCACCAGCCAUCAGCCUUGGCAGAGGUCACAGCAGCUGUGCUAAGGAGCUCCAGUCUGCACAGAGAUGAAAAGCCUUUUUGUAAAAAAGAGAAAUCAUCAAGAGAGAGAGACUCUGGCCUGUCUUUGUCAGAUGACCUGAGUGUUACUCCAGUAUAGUAGAAAUGGUUCUUCCAAAGAUCAGGGAAUGUGUGUGUCUGGAAGGACUGCUUCCUGUUUCACUAACUUCGUCCACUUUAGUUCCAUCAGAUGGGUGAAGUUUCAACAUCAGCAAUGUUCUGCUUCCUCUGUCUACCUGCUAGACCCCAGAUUGUUAAAGACCCUUGCAUUUCUAUCUCUGUCCCUCAAAUGUGUUCCACUGAACCAGUUCAGAAGUGGAGAACAACGGCAUUGUUUGUCUGAUUCAGAAUACAGUUCCUAAGGGAAGAACUCCUUUUCAAUCUGCUCAGGUGAAAAUAAACGGACCUACCAUCCAGCUGCAGUAUUUGGAUAGAAAUAAUGACCAACACAGGUUGGGCUUCUUUCUGAACCAAGAAUCCAAAAAUGUGUGCUGUACCAGCAGCAACCAACUUGCAAAGGCUGCUACAUUCCUGAGAGCUUUUUACAGUCCUGGUGAAUUACUUAUGCACUAUAAGGGAAGUAAAAAAAAAAAUAGCAGCCACAUUUGCAUCUGUUUUAUUAGUAGACGUUGUGGA